AUGCAGACUCCACACCAAUACAAGAACCCAGACUGGUUCUUAAAUAGACAGAAGGACGUGAAGGACGGAAAAUACAGCCAGGUCCUGGCCAGCGGUCUAGACAGCAAACUCCGUGAAGGCCUGGAACGACUGAAGAAGAUUCGGGCCCACAGGGGGCUGCGUGUCCGAGGCCAGCAUGCCAAGACCACAGGCCGCCGUGGUUGCACUGUGGGUGUGUCCAAGAAGAAAUAA